UACAAAAGAGAGGCAGGAUUUCUAGAUUCUUGUCGCGCAUUGGAUGUAACACACGCUUCUUCUAUACGUGUCCCUGGCUAUUGGAUUUUACCAAGGCACGAAACAAAAUUCGACAAUAAUUAAUAAUUUAGAGAAAUAAAUUAAUUCAAAUGGAGUCCGAUUAUGCUCAGAAGUGAACAGGACAAACCAAAGCUCCAAGCAGAAGCCGGAGACACCCGUUACCUGCAUUUUCGCAGGUGUCUUGGAAAAAAGGAAAGAACGCAACUCUAUUUAUUGAAACAUUAUUGUUUGUGUUAAGUGAGUAGAGGGCAGUAGAUCGGAGGUUCGAGUAUGAGGACGAUAUCAAGUGGGAUGACAAUCUGUAGCAGUGUAGAGAUCGGGGCGGCCAUUCCUCGCAGCAAAUCCGUCACCAAGCGUGAUUACGUUUUCAUCGUCAAUCCCAACGGUGCAAAUGGGCGUACUGGGAGGGACUGGAAAAAAAUAUUCCCCAAGCUAAACGCCCGACUUAGUAAAGACUGGAAUGUGUGCGAAUCGCUAACUACAGGUCCUUUUCAUGCAGUAGAUAUUGCUAGAGAGGCCAUAAAGGGAGGAGCAGCUGCUGUGAUAGCUGUUGGAGGUGAUGGCACCCUUCAUGAGGUUGUUAAUGGUUUCUUUGAAUCUGGAAAGCCUGUUAAUGCUGAGGAUGUAGGGGCUACAAAUAUGACAGCUCUUGGGCUAAUUCCUUUGGGGACUGGCUCAGAUUUUGCAAGAACAUUUGGCUGGAAGAAUGAUCCACAUGAGGCCAUUGAACGCAUAGCUAAAGGGCAGAAACAGAGGAUUGAUGUUGGUGUCAUGGUUGGCAAGGAUGAUGAGUUGCACUAUUUUUUGAAUGUUGCAGAUGUUCACUUAAGUGCAAAGGCUGGGUUCUAUGCUUCCAAGUACAAGAGAUUUGGAAAACUAUGCUAUGUUAUUGGUACCUUACAGGCAUUUCUUACCCAUUGCAAUCAGGACAUGAAGAUCAAGGUCAACUACAUUAGCAUCACAAUAGAGUUUUUUUUCCUUAUAGACAAAGAAGAUUGGAUAUAUCUUCCUGAAGUUACAGCUCUCUGUAUAGGAAAUGCAAAAUACUUUGGUGGUGGAAUGAAGAUUACUCCAACUGCAGAUCCAUGGAGUGGGAAGCUUGAGGUUGUGGUUCUUCAAGAUUUCAAAUGGUAUGACUUUAUCUGGAAACUUCAGAAGCUCUACAAGGGAACACAUUUAUCAGAGAGAAAUGUCUCUAGAAUAAGUGUCAGUUCCAUUGAAGUGGAAGAGCUAAUCGAGCAUGCAAAUAAUACAACAGAUAGCAUCUACGUUCAAGCUGACGGUGAACACCAGGGGUUCCUCCCAAGAAAAUUUUCCAUUUUACCUGGUGCCAUUGACUUUUUAAUAUGAAAUUGUUAAGCCAGAUGAACAUUGUGCAUUUGAUGUCUUGCCUCUACAAUUUUCAGCUUCACAGCUGCUUGAGGCUACCCAAAUCGGUCACAAUGCCAAAUACAAACAUGUUGGAAUUCUAGCAUUCUCUUCAACAAGCAAUAAAUUGUCACCAGUGCAUGCAGUGGUUUGAUCAUGGAUUUUCUUAAAGAUGUUAAAAGGGCUAAACCAAUGCAGUGUUAUAUUUGGGUUUUGACAAGCAGUCAAAUUUUUGGAGUAGAAGAAAAAAAAAAUAACUAGAAAGAAAUUGGAGCUACUCUAGUAUAAAUUUUGUAAUCUAUCAAAUCUGUGUUGGAAAUUCCUAUGGUUUACAGAAGGAUUGCAGUAAAAAAAAAUUUCACACCUCCACUUGAUAGUGUAUUGUAUUGGAUUUCUGCCACAAAAGCAUUGAGAGGUUUGCUUAAUAAUACAUAAUCAAGCUUGAUUUUGUGGAUUAUCUGUUUUGAGUGAAGAAAACAUCCUCUUGAUUUUAUACACCUUUUACGGAAGUUCAUUUUAUCAAAGGAUCUUUAAAAACAUUUGAGAUGAAAUAGACAAACUGAACGUCCUUUAGGCCAAAUUGAUCUACAGGACCUCAUUUGUUGAAAAGAUUGUUUCGAUGGGUGUGUAGUUUCAUGAUAAAUUUUCCUAGCUUUGUUCCUCUGUUUUGAUUUAAGAUCGCACAUUGUAGGUUGACUUGAAAUAAUUUCGAACUAAUAUAUCAAGUAAGUUACAUGGA